UUGUGAGGGGCAGGCGGCUUCUGCAGUGCCCCCCACGGGGUGGGCCUUGGAAAGUGCCCACAUGGGUAGGUGCCACACGUGUCACACAGGGUGCCUUGGGCUUUCUUUGGAUAUGGGACGCAUGGCACCAGGGCAGCAUGCUUGCUUGACCCUCGGUCCCUGCCAGGCACAUGCGGCCACCAACUGUGCCCUGGAGGGGCAGCCAUGUGGGUGACAUGUCCCUGUGGACUCGGGCCAUAUGUCUGUCCCCAGGAACCUUGAGGGUGCCCUGUCUCUCAGCUUGGUCUGCCUCCACCUGCCUGCAGGCAUGGAAGCCUGCCCCCCACCCCAAGCCAGUUACAUGUUGCAGGUCUGGACCUGGCCGCCCAUCAGCCCUCCCACAGCUGUGACCUGGAUGAGCUCACGUGCUGGAGCUACUGCUGGAUGUGGAGGACACUGCAGUGGUCCAUUUCUUAGAGGCAGUGAGGAGGGAGGGGGGGCCAGAGCGGUCCUCCAUGCACUGCUCGCUGUGCCCGAGUGCCCAGCUUCACCAUAGCACCCUAAGGACGCUGUGGUUGAGUACAGGGCUCACGUCCAAUCCCUGGUCAUGACUUGGCUCUUGGCCUGAGGCCUUCAGCGGGACGGAGAUGGCUGUCACUCAGGAGGUGCUGGGAGAUGGAUGCGCCUUAUCGCGAUCCUGGCUCAGGAAAUUACACGGUGUCGGGAUGGAGGCAGAGAAGGAGCGAGUGCAUUGCGUCCGCUCCCGCCCUGGCAUCUGCAGGUGCGAGCAAGAGGACAUUACGUUUCAACCUCAGGUUCAGAUUGCUGAUGUCUGCUGUGGGUGGGCGCAGUCCGCCAUGCCCGUGACGUUCACGACUGAGCUCAGCCCUGCCCUGAGCCUCAUGGGCCAGGCGUGCUCAGCUUCAGCCCCGCAUUGCAGGCUUGAAGCCUGACAUUCACCGGACCCUUUGACUUUGCUUAGGGGCCAUGGCACGUCUGGGGCUUUUCUCCGUGAGAUCUCAGACCCUGUUGGACAGCCUGGGGUGCUGGGCUGCAUCCCAGCGACUCCCUCCACAGCGCAUGUCUGCCAGGCCGCUUUCCCUCAGCCGCAUGGACCAGGCCCGGCACCAGGAGCCCCCCAGGAAGAAGCUGCUGUCUGAGAAAAAGCUGAAAAGACACGCUGUGGACCAUCGGAGAGUGCUUGUCCGAGGAGGAAGUGGAGGUGCCGGUGCGAGCUGUUUCCACAGUGAGCCCCGCAAGGAGUUUGGAGGCCCUGACGGUGGAGAUGGGGGCCACGGUGGCCCUGUCAUCCUGAAAGUCGACCAGCAGGUCACGUCCCUGUCGUCGGUGCUGUCGCAGUACCAGGGCUCCAGCGGACAAGAUGGCGGCCGGAAGAACUGCUCUGGGCGAGGGGGCGCCGCCCUCUAUGUCCGGGUCCCUGUGGGCACACUGGUGAAGGAAGGAGGUAAAGUUGUGGCCGACCUGUGUCGCCCUGGCGAGGAGUACAUCGCCGCCCGGGGGGGCGCUGGAGGCAAAGGCAACCGCUUCUUCCUGGCCAACAACAACCGCGCGCCUGUGACCUGCACGCCCGGCCAGCCCGGCCAGGAGCGGCUUCUCCACCUGGAGCUCAAGACCAUGGCCCACGCUGGGAUGGUUGGGUUCCCCAAUGCCGGAAAGUCCUCGCUCCUCCGAGCCAUUUCGAAUGCAAGACCCGCUGUGGCCGCCUACCCGUUCACCACCUUAAGUCCCCACAUCGGGAUUGUCCACUACGAAGGCCACCGACAAAUAGCAGUGGCUGACGUCCCUGGCAUCGUACGUGGCGCCCACCAGAACCGUGGCCUGGGGCUCGCCUUCCUCCGGCACAUCGAGCGCUGCCGCUUCCUCCUCUUGGUGGUGGACCUCUCCCUGCCAGAGCCGUGGACUCAGGUCGGGCAUUUGAAGCACGAACUGGAGAUGUACCAGGAGGGCCUGUCCCAGCGGCCCCACGCUAUCGUUGCCAAUAAGCUUGAUCUCCCAGAGGCCAGAGCCAGCCUGCCCCAGCUGCGGGCUCGCCUGGGCCAGGGGGUCAUCGCCCUGUCGGCAGCCACCGGGGAGAACCUGGAGGAGCUGCUGCUGCGGCUGAAGGCACUGCACGAGGCCUGCGAGGAGGCCGAGCAGGGGCAGAGCUGCCUGCCACUCGGCUGGUAGCGGGGCAGGGCCGGCGGGGUCCCCAGGUGGGAGCUGUGAGCCGCAAGUCGCUGCCUGAUCCGUAAGAAUGUACUCAGAGCUGUGUGAA